AUGUCGAACUUCACCAAAGACUCCACAGCAACCGAAGUGGCUGCAACUCUUGCAACCCAUAUUGCCGGAAAGGUCAUUCUCAUCACAGGAUGUAGUCCUAAUGGCCUCGGCGCAACCGCUGCAAUGGCCAUCGCGCCUCACAACCCCGCUUUAAUCAUACUGGCAGGACGAAAUCGAUCGCUCAUCGAAGAAACCGAAAAGACACUUUUGGAAAAGGUACCAACCCUCAAAACUCGAACACUGAUUUUUGAUCUCGGAAGUCUCAAGUCAGUGCGCGACGCAGCGGCAGAAGUCAAUAACUACCCAGAGAAGAUUGAUGUUCUCAUCAAUAACGCUGCUAUCAUGGCAUCUCCGUUUUCGAAAACGGUUGAUGGCUUUGAGAGCCAGUUGGGGGUCAAUCACCUCGGGCCGUUUCUUUUUACCAUGCUUGUCGUUGAUAAGUUGAACCGUGGUGGGAGAGUUAUCAACAUCAGUAGUGCUGGUUAUGCAUUUGGCGGAGUUCGCUUUGACGAUCCAAAUUUUGAAGCGGGAGAGUACGACAAGUGGCAAUCGUAUGCGCAAUCGAAAACGGCCAACAUUCUGUUUUCAUCUGCUUUGGCGAAGCGGUACCGCUCGAAAGAAAUUCUGUCGUUCUCACUUCACGUUGGAGGUGGUAUCAUGACUAACUUGGGGAAGUAUUUGACGCCGGAAGAUCUUGCUAUGUUGUCUUUCGUAACCAUUAUUACCCACGAGCAAGGCGCUGCAUCAUAUAUCGCGGCUGCGUUUGAUCCUGAACUCGAGGGGAACAAUGGAGCAUAUUUGGAGUAUUGCAAGCCAAUUCCAACAUUGCCGGAGUCUCCAUGGACGCGCGGAGAAGAGAAUGAAGACAAGUUGUGGAAUUUAAGCGAGAAAAUGGUCGGUGAGAAGUUUGGUGUGUAG